AUGGAUCCUUACAUCACCGACGACUAUGAAGGAAUCUAUUAUACAGCACUAAACCAUAUCUCUCAUCGCGCUGAUGCGUUUAACCCGUAUUCCUAUCGAUAUAAUCCGAGUACUCGGAAUGGACUUGGUGGAAAUACUGCGAAGUGGAGUCAUUCGCGUGUGGGAUUGAAUAAUGAGAUUCAGCUUGUGAAUUGUUAA